AAACACGGGGAAACGAGGAGAAUCAAGAGAAAACAUACAAAAACAGGGGAAACCAGGGAAAAACGUACGGAAAACACGGGGAAACAGGGAGAAUCAGGGAAAACAUAGAAAAACACGGAAAAACAGGGCGAAUCAGUGGAAAACAAAGAAAAACACGGUAAACAUGAAAAAUCAGGGGAAAACAUAGAAAAGCAUUGCAAAAAAGGGAAAAAGAUAGCAAAACACGCGGAAUCAGGGGAAAACGUAGAAAAACACAAAAAACAGGGAGAAUCACGGAAAAACAUAGAAAAACACGGGAAAACAGGGAGAAUCACAGAAAAACAAGGAGAAUCAAGGGAAAACAUAGAAAAAAACGAAAAAACGGGAAGAAUCCAGGAAAAACAGAGAAAAACACAGGGAAACAGGGGAAAACGUAGAAAAACGCGGAAAAACAUGGAGAAUAACGGGAAAACAUAG